AUGGAUUCGUGGGUUGAUGCUACCGUUCAGCAACUGCGCCGGCACUUCACUAGUGCUCAGUCAAUUUCAGUUUAUGAAGCACUGACAGCUCACGUUUUAGAUGCAGCGACAGGCGGCGCAAUUUUUCUAUGUGGCAUUUCUGUGGCGCAGGUGGCGCAAAAGCUGCUGCAUAUUGGCUCGGCCUCUGGCUUUUUCCUUCCUCAAGCUCUGGGCACCGCUGCGGUAGCUUCAUCUUCCGUCUUGGCACUGCAUUUUGCAUCUAUUCCACGCGAUGUCUAUCAGGAAAUAGCUGCACGAAGUCGAAGUACCAAAGAGCAGAGCUGGCUCGUGCUUGGAAAGCGCCACCUCCAACCACCGACGGCUUUGAGACUUGUGCAUAGCAGAGUGCUGGAGCGUUGGGGAAAUCUUGCACAUGCUCCGUAUCCAGUGUACAUGGCUAUGGGAGUUCUAUGCUUUAAAAUACUGGGUGGCCGCAUGAGCGCACUGGCGCCAUCGCCCUUCGCCAACCUUGGAGCUUUUCAUCUUAAGAAGGCCUCAUUACCAGCCACGGUCGAAUACGCUACAAGUGUGGAAAGGGGCAUUAUACAGGAGUUUGGUCGACUUUACGGAUGUCAUACAUGCGGCGUUAAGCAGGGCGUACGGUAUCACGCAGACCACAUGCCGCCUAAAUUAUUGGGCAGUCGCACAGAUAAUCAAUUUUUUCGAAAGUUUCUGGGGCAAAAGACGACAUUUCGCUUCUACCCUCAAUGCGAAUCAUGCUCAAACCAGCAGGGAAAUGUAGUUAAGCAAUUAAAAUCGACGCUUAAAAUGCAUUUGCUGUCAUUUCGAGCCUACCACGCGACUGGUUUAUGGCUAACACUGCUUUGCACUGGUGGUCUCUAUGUAAGUGGCUCAAACUUUCACGAGACAUCCGAAGUAUAUAAUUCAGAGGAUACAACUUCAACAAGAUCUUCAGAGUUUUCAUUGCUUGUAUUGCUUCGAGAGCGAGAGCGGAAGUUAAGACGUAAACGAGGGAUAGUGAGUGAUUUAAGUCAGCUUGCUGUGAUUGAUAAAGAGUUAAAGACUCUACAGGAGUGCAAGACUGCAAUCAAAGCUGACAUCAAACGGCAGAAGGCCCACAGCAUUACAUAG